CUCCCCGAGAAUAAAACGACAGCGCCAGAGCCGGGCGGGCAGAGCGGAGCGGCGGCGCGGAGCGGAACGGCACGGACCGUUACGGCGGGGACCGUUACGGGAACGGCGCGGACUGGACGGGUACGGAGCGGCCGGGCCGCGCUGCGGAGGUGGGAAGGCAGCAGUAGAUCAUUAUGGCCCUGGCAGACAAUGGGGGCUGUGCCAAACCCAGCGAGGACUUCCCUUUCCCCGAGAUAAUUGAGCUCAAUGUGGGUGGGCAAGUCUACAUCACCCGUCACCCCACCCUGGUCAGCGUGCCUGGCUCACUCCUCUGGGAGAUGUUCACCCAGAAGAACGUCCGCUCCCUGGCCCGUGACAGCAAGGGACGUUUCUUCGUGGACCGGGAUGGUUUCCUCUUCCGCUACAUCUUGGAUUACAUGAGGGACCAGCAGCUCGUGCUGCCUGACCACUUCCCAGAGAGGAGUCGCCUGCAGCGAGAGGCUGAAUAUUUCAUGCUGCCGGAGCUUGUGAAGAUGUUGGCCCCCAAGUUCAGCAAACAGAACUCGCUGGGAGAUGACCCAUGCCAAAGCGACCCAGAGGAAAUCUCCCCCAGCACGGAUGCCACCCGCAACCUGACCUCUGCCAGUGCCAUGCUCCCCAGCACCGUGGCUGGUGGCCCUGGGGGUGUCACCGCUGGCAUGGGUGCUGCCGGCACCGACAUCCGCAGGGCAGGUUUCAUCACCAUCGGCUACCGGGGUACGUACACCCUGGGCAGGGACAGCCAGACAGAUGCCAAGUUCCGCAGGGUGGCACGGAUCAUGGUCUGUGGCAAGACGUCGCUGGCCAAGGAGGUUUUUGGGGAUACCUUGAAUGAGAGCAGGGACCCGGACAGGCCCCCGGAGAGGUACACCUCCCGGUACUACCUCAAAUUCACCUUCUUGGAGCAAGCCUUUGACAAACUGGCUGAUGCUGGCUUCCACAUGGUGGCUUGCAACUCCACAGGCACCUGUGCCUUCGCCCAUGACCAGACAGAUGACAGGAUCUGGACCUCUUACACCGAAUAUGUUUUCUACCGUGAGUGACACCAAAAAAUAAACACCUCGCAAACCAAACACCAACUCUCCCUUUCCUCUCCUGUGCCGGCUGUUGACUAGAAGGUAGACAGACAUCCAACCCCUGAAUCCCAGCAACCCCCUUUUGCCUCCUUUUGAGUUUGUUCUUGGUUAUUUUUCCCCCAUUCCUUCCUCCACGUUAAACCUGUUUGACUCUUCCCUGUAGCAGCUGCUGACCAACAGCCUUCUUCCCUCUCUCCGACUUCUGCAGUAGCCGCCUGUAGCUCCCAACCCUCCCUGGAUGUGUGGACUUGGACUCUGUCGUGUACGUGUUUUGGGUGGGAGGGAGGGAUACACUGAACUGUGCUCUGGGCUGGGAUUCCUGCAGCUCCCCGGGUACCUGCUGCAUAUGCUGUAUUUGAUCUGCCAAGGGGUUCAAGUGGGAAAGUGUUGAUUUAAGGACAUGGAGAAAGGUGGGAAGCUGAGAGGAGGGUGGGGGUGGAAAGAUGAAGCCUGGCAGCACGGAUAUAUUGCCAUUAGCCCAUGUAAGCAGCUUAGCAUUUAGACUGUCAGUGCUGGGGAAGGUUAGAUAAAGAUGCGCCCUGUGUUUGCAGUUCUGAUUCAAAGCAUGGCUGCUGCUCUGGGACGCCUUGGGUUUUUUUUGGGGGGAGGGCACUGGGAGGGGGUGAAUAGACAAAUGCUCUGUUCAUGCACAUGUUGGGGGGUGGGGGGGUGUGGGGAAGGCUUUACAUGCUCUCGGGUGUAAAAUGCUUAUACAUCUCCCAAACUGGUUGGAGGUCUGUCAGAAAAAAGUAUCUUUAUCUCUCCUUGAGAGCAUGAUAGCGAUGUGGGCUCAGAGGGACAGGUUGUGUUGCUCCAGUGAGUGGCAGUUGGGCUCAGCCACGACUUCACAGGUUAAAGGGAAUCUUUGCCCACCACAAAAAUCUUUGCUAUUUCAGCAAUCUCUUGUGAAGGUCUCUGCAACCCCAGCUCUCCACGGCCUGCCUGUGGGCCUGGGGCUGGCUGCUGCUGCUUUACCAUGCCUGGGCAAUGUGUAAUAAAGGAACAAAAACAA